AUGUCGGCACUGAAGCUUAUAAUGAAGUACAGGGGAAAGACCGCGGAAGGAGCGAGAAAGGCAAGCCGAACCUGCACGCCUCUUACCCCCCUGCACGCCUCUUCUGCCCCAGGCCCAGAAGGGAGAUGUGGCUGGGGCUUCGCCAGCCUCACUAGGUCUGCCAUUUUCCAUUUUCAGAGUCCGUUGACUGUAAUCUUGCUGCUUCUAUGUACCUAUGCUUAUAUCCGAUCCUUGGCACUCAGCCUCCUGGACAGAAAUAAAACUGGGCCGUUGGGUAUAUUUUGGAAGUGUGUCAGAAUUGGUGAACGGAACAGUCCUUAUGUUGUGGUAUGCUGUGUUGUGGUGGCCUUCAGUAUCCUCUUCAUACAGUAGCUUGGAAAAAUGCCAGAAUUCAGUUGCCAUCAGAUUUAAAUAUGAAAAAAAUAAAGGACUUAUCUGCAGAAAAUAAUGGAAAGUAUGGUUAACACUUUUAUCUCUGAACAUUGAAUGAGAUAAAUUUUCAGCUGUUUUUCUCUAUUUUAGUUAUUGGACCAAUUUCUAUAUAAAUAAUUAGGAUAUAACCAU